CCCACUCCACUGACGCCGCCAUUUUCGCCUCUUUGUUCGCCAAGUAGAGUGUUAUUUGUCGUCUUAUCCUUGAAUUUGGGGAUUUUACACGUAGUUCAACAUCGUCGUCGUAGUUGUCAACGACGUUACCUGUUUGGGAAGGAAGGAACAACGCGUUUGAGGUGAUCGCCAAUAGGAAGUUCAAAAUUGAGGUAUGGACGGACAUGGCCAAGCAGAGAAGGAAGCUAGCGAGGUGCUUCGCUCGUUUAACAUCAUCGGGGCUCCCCGCUCCACACAGAAUGAACCACAGAACCUUUCUACAAGUACUGGUACCUCGCAGCCCAUGGUGAUGGUGCCCCCACACCCACCACCACAAUGGCACAUCCAUCCACAGCCUGUACACAUAAUGGCUUAUCAGCCUCAAGGAAAUCCUCCAACAUCUCAGAGUGACAAUAACAGUAACCAACAACCUCCCAGUGGGCAACAACAACAGCAACAACAACAACAACCACAGCAGCAACAACAACCACCACAGCAGCAACAAGGUCCUCCACAGCUGGCCCACAUGACUGCAGAUCAGCUGUCUCAGCUUCAACCUCCCCCCUUAGAGCACUCCAUAUGGUCAACAACUGACAUGGAUGGCCAGAAUGGCAUGAACUCCAACUACACCAUGAGUGAUAUUCAGAGCCAGGAAGGAGAUACCACACUCAACACCAAUGAUAUUAAUGAAGAAGAACCUGAAACUAAACCGAAAAUCAAGAAAGAAGUUAAGAAGAAGAGAAAAUUGGCAGAUCUUUUAGCGGAGGGUAUUGACCCCACAAAAUUAGAGGAAAAUAGUGAUCAAGUGAGAGAACGUUUUGGGAAAGGUUGUGAGUGUGAGGGAGACAAUUGCUUCAAAAAUAUGAAUCCAGAGUUUGUGUUUCGACACAGAUUAAAUAUCGCAGAAUUAACCAAGAAUGAACACGACAUGUACCUAAUGGGAGUGACAAUGGCAUGUUUAGCUAAUCCAGAAGAAACUUCGCGUCACAAAGAAAGGAAAAGACUCAGGGCAUCGUAUGUCUUCCAAGGGAAGAAAGUAUGCCUAGAUGCUUUCUUAUACUUGGAAAACUGUACACAUUAUCAACUGAAAGCCAUUAGAAAGCAUGUUAUGGUUAAUGGUGUUACUCCUAGAGUGCAUGGCAACCAUGGUAAAAAACCACCAAACACAUUUCCUCUUGACACCUAUCAGCAUGCUGCUGCUUUUUUACAGAGUUACAUUGCUAGAUAUUCCCCAAACACGAACACUCCUAAGAAACCGAAUAAAUCGGGCAAAUCUCCUCCAGUUUAUCUACCAGCUGAUAUUACAAGAAAGAAGAUUCACAAUGCCUAUAAGGAAUAUUGUGAACAUUUUGAGCCAGAUGUCAAGGUAAUGGGUUAUUCAUCUUUCAGACAUUUCAUGAAAGAGCAAUUUCCCAAUGUUAAGUUCUUCCGAAUGGACAAAAAGGCUGAACGUGCUAUGGGUCCAAGUGAUGAUGACGACGAGGAAAAUGACAAUGCCACUGGUGCACAGAAUCCACCGGCUCAGCCACAGGAACAACAGCAGCAGCAGCAGCAACAGCAGCAGCAGCAGCAACAGCAGCAACAACAACAACAACAACAGCAGCAGCAGCAACAACAACAACAACAGCAACAACAACAACAACAACAACAGCAGCAGCAGCAACAGCAACAAAAUCAGAGACAAGAUCAACAGCGUGUAGACACGGGUGCUCAGCAGGUGAUGCAACAGCAACCAGCACAACCACCACAGGAGCCCCCAAAGGAUGCUCGUAAUACACCUCCAGUAACAGCAACACCUACUGCUACUGUUCCACCGAACACUCAUCCUGGGGUGCCUGUUUCCAUGCCACAUGCACCCAUCAGUACUAAUUACCCUGCCUAUUCUCACGUCCAGUUACCCCUCAAUUUACAGACACAGCAGCCUUUAUACUCUGCGUGUAUGCAGCCUGGUAUGUUUGCCCCAGGACAAGCACCAACUCAAGUACGGCCUACAGGUUUCCCUUACACUAGUCUGUAGGUAACAGAAUCACAUAAGCAAAGUGUCACACACUUGUAUAUGAGCAGAUCAUGAUUUUGUUUGGUUAUUUAACUCCAAGAAAAUGGGACCAGGACAACUGUUUCUGUAUAUGAUGUCUCCAGAUAUAAUUAGUCCUGUUUGUUAGGAGGUAUAGUACUGCUAGACUCAAUAAGUAGGUGCUAGUAACAGCCAGCACAAGAGUGCCUCUACCACAAAUGUUCCCAUCAUUAAUUUGUAUGGGUCAUUUGAAUAUUACUUACUAAUGGCUUCCUGAACAUAAUUCAGGGGUUAUAACCAGAAUUUGGGUGUAUGCAGGUUAUUGAAAACACUGGGUGCAACAUCAUUCAAAUUGCAGUGCCUAGUGCUCCUCUGUCCUCUGGAAUUCUGUUGUAAUUAUAAGAGGCAGAGUGAAUAGUACCUGACAAUGCGGGUUGAUGUGUAUAUUUGGCAGCUGAUCUUUCUAAACUGUUUCCACACACUUCACUGAAUCAUCUGGUGAGACCUAGCUCUAGCAGGUUAUGGUCGUCAACAUAAGAGUUAGUGUUGAUGCAAGAUCUCGAUAAAGGCUGUGGAUUUUUUUUUUCCUAUUUCAUAAGAUAGAAUAUUAUAGGUUAGUAUACCCAUGUCAAGAGAAUAUUUAUAGUUACUCAAAAACCCAUUUUAUGUCCAGACCUUUUCAUUGUCGAGCUAAGAAUAAUUUUUUUUAAGUAAGUACUGUAAUGUGUUUAUUGCAAAAUCUCAAAACAUUUAAAAGAAAAAUCCCAGUUCAGUAUUGAAAUAUGUACAUAUUUUUAUUGAAGCUAGAAUGCAGAGCAAGGGGAUGGUUUAUAAGAGUUGGCUAAAGAUUAUGUGCCUGUUCCAUUUCAUGUUUUCAUACAAUAUUUCUCAUCAUCAUCAUUUCUUAAUUUAGUGUUAUUUCGAGGGAAUUGAUUUUCAGCAGUGCUGCUGUGCAUUUUUCAUUGUAUACCAUAAGGGCAUUGUUAUGCAUGGAGUUCCAAGCCACUGUAUAGGCCUUAGCUUUCCAAGUACAGUAUAUAAACAUAGAUAAUUUGAUAUGAGCAGUUAAGGUUUGCAGGUAAUUAUGAAUAAUUGUUCAUUCCAAAUGGGCAUUAAUUUCCAUAUCCAGUUGCCAAUAGUUGCCUCUCAAAAGGAGAAGGUAGAUUACUGUGUACAUUGUUUGUAAAUAUAGUAUAAAGUUGUGAGGGGGGGGAUGAACUAUUUUUCAUUUGGAGUAGUGCCAUGGAAGGCAAGAUUGAAUGACAUCUGAGGAAUGACAUGGGUAAAGUAUAUUUACUGUGUUACCAGGUAAAAUUAUAGUAUACGUUACAACAAACCAUGCUGGUAAUUCGUUUGAUAUUACCAGAUUCAAGUGCCAAACGAGCAUCCAUUGUGCUCUUCUUUAUUAUUGUUAUUAUUAUUAUUUUUUUUAGUGCCGCUAUGCAUAUACCCAAGGUAAUUUUACCUUAUGUUUUGGGAAAGGAUUUUUCAUGAAAUCUUCAUGAUAAAAGAUCUCUCAACUUAUUUAUUAAGAUAAUUAACAUAUUUACCUUUUACUUAAUAAAUUCUCACCAUUUGUCUUGGUAAACAGACUAAAUCUUGCUUCCAUACAUCACUUUUUGACAAAUUUAUUGUGGCAAUUAUUUUCUCACACCUUUGUUCAAAAUGUAGCUCUUGUAUAUGCAUUUCUUAAAAAAUAUACCUAGGAUUUGCCCUUAGGGGUCAUGCCAUGAUGAACAAGAAAAGCAGGACAGUGACAAACACCUUCACUAUUUUUAAAAUAUUGGAAGUCAUUAGUGCAAUGAUGAUCUAUAGCAGUUACCAGUCAGUACAGAGGCAAGAUUUCAAUACCUUUUUUUUUAUACCACAUAGCAUAUUGUUUGGAAUAAAUGUCCAAGCCUGUGUUUCAUAAAUUCACUUUGUCUUUGAUAUCUUUCAUCAGUUUAAUAAAUAUUUUUUUCUAUCAUUUUAUUGAGUUCAUCAUUACGUUACAUAAUAUUACUCUUACCAAAUAUCUCUGCACCUUGCUACAAUUGUUUUGAUAAUUCAGAUUUUAUUCAUGCCUCUGCACAAAAAAAUCAUUGUUGUCAUUCAUUAUAGUGCUGGUGAUAAAGAUGAUGUGCACACAUCACUGAAUUGUUUGAAGGAUAGUGAAGAUGAUUAUCACGGUCUUGGUUCUUAUAUGCAUUAAUCGUGAACAUGUCUCUCACUUGUAACUUAUUUAUACUGUACCUGUAGCUUUAAAUUUUCCCUUAUUGUCUCAUCCUCUGGCUUUACAACCUUCACUGCAGGGAUGAGUUUGGCCUCUUAUAACCUGAGUUGUUAUUUUUUUAUGAAAUAUUUAAUGUAAGGUUUUCUGUUUUUCAGUUAAAUGACAAAUAAUUUUUCAGUAAUGUCCAAUUUGUCUUUUAUCAUAAUGACAUUUAAAAAUGAUUACUUAAUUGUUCAUUUACAAUCUACCUCCCUUUCUAGAAAUCAACUUCCUCACCUCAAGCUUGCCUUCUCUAGUCUCAAACAGUUUUGCUUUCCUCUGUCAGUUGCAAGCGGAGGUUGUUGGGUGGAAUUUGUUACGAGCCAACAGUUUCUCUCUCACACAGCAAAUGCAAGUUAAUGGGAAGCCAUUAUAUAUAUUCACAUAAAGGGGUCUUAUUCGUGUUACCUCACUCAAGUUUUGACUGUGUAGUCAAACAGUAAUAAAAGUGGGGUGAAUUAAGGUCGGGUGGAUAUUAUUAAUUGGGCAGCUUUUGUGUUGUAUGUAUAUAAUUGAUCUCGGCAGUCAUUAAUUACAAAUUCUUGUUGGUAAUAUUAUAAAAGCAUUUUUGGUUUAUUUAUUUUUUUUAACUUAUUUUGUUUUUUCUAUGUCCCUCAUUGUGAUGUCUUGUAGGAGUCUGAUGGAAAACCUUGGAAUACUUUUGUAUUAUCAUUCCUAACUCAUCCUCCCAGUAUUGUGAUAGAUGCCAUCCUGAUCACCAGUACCCCAUCAUAAUGAUAUCAUCCUGAUCACCAUUAACCAUCAUGGCAGCACCAUUCCAAUCACCAAUGACCAUCUUAACAUUCUUCUAAUCAUCAUCAUCAUACCAACACCAUCCUUAUCACCAUCAAACCAUCAUUCCACCACCAUUCUAAUCACCAUUAAUCAUCAUAGCUUUACCAUCCUAAUCACUGUUAAAUGUCAUAGCACCACCAUCUUAAUCAUCAUUAACCAUCAUAACAACACCAUCCUAAUUACCAUUAACCAUCAUAGCUCAGCUUCCUAAUCACCAUUAACCAUCAGAGCAACACUAUCCUAAUCUGCAGGAAGUCAUCAUUGAGUACCUUCCUGAUCACCCGGAGCCCAUGAGAGCACAAAAUCCAUUCAGUAUUAAAUUGUAUGAUACUUUUUUUUUUUUUUUUUUUGCUUCUCUUUUAUGUAUCUUCUUAUUUAUACAAAUUUACUUGGAUGUUAUGCAUUGUUAUUUCAGUUUAUAUAUGAAAUGCACUUGGGAUGUCUCAUUCUCUUUUCUACUCCAACUAUUCUUAUGCUGAUUGUGUCUUGAGUGUUUGAUAAUAGUGAAGAAAAGAUUGUCCAAAAUAUAACUUAUUUAUUUUUAUCUUUGUCUCGUUGAAUGUUGGUGGUUUCUUGUUUGCCAAGUCAUCUUUCUCUAUUUCUCCAAACUACUUUUUGGUGGUGUCUGUAUCAUUCCUUAUUAUUGUAUUUUAUUUAUUGAAAUUAAAAAGCCUUCAUCUUGCAACAUGGCAUAAAGAAACAUGUUCUUUAGUACUUCAGGGGAGUUGUAAAGCUAAAUUGGCUACUGUCAUAUACAGGUACCACUAUGUAUGCUGAGUGUCUUUAAUGCCUACUUUUUCAAAGAUUUAAUUUUUGUUUUUAUUGCCAGUUUUUUUUAAAGUAAUGGAACUCAUUUUAUUUACAGUAACUUAAUAUAUUGCAAGUCAAAACGUCUAUAAAAUAUAAAUUAUACUCAUCUUUUCAUUGCUUUCAAGCUUUCACUUUUUAAUUUGUUCCAAUUGAAAAAUGGGGAGAUGGUAAAUGUGACAAGGUGGAGGUAUAUCCACAAUAUCCUAGAAGUAAUACGGGAGGCCCAUGGGAUCACUAAUGUGUUGUCACCCGUAUUGAACCAACCGCCUUACAGCAAGUUGUAGAUACAUACAACUGGGUGUAUCCACGGAAGAUUUCCGGAAGACUUAGAGUAAUUUUUGUAUAAAAUGCUAACAAAUGUAAUAGAAUAAUAAACUGUGAUAUGAAGGUA